ACAUGGGAAGAUAUCUCCCAAUUAUUAACACGUGGCAACAUUCAAUUGGUUACCGUAUAUAGUAAUCUACACCUGCAAAUGCAAUCCACCGAGUCUGCGAAGCAGUUGAAUCGCUCUCUCUCUUUCUCUUCUCACUCGUUCCUUUUCCUUCGAAUAUUAAAAUUGUCUUCCAUCUCAAGUAAGAACCUUUUGGUUAUUAUUAGUAUUAUAAGAUCUCUUGCUUUACUUCUCUCUCUACAUUUUCAUGAGUUUCAGGCCUUUUAGAGAGAGAAACAGGACCACACUGGGCUCACUCCAAAUCUGGAGUUGUUAAAUUUCGAUGGGUAAAGGAGGUGAAACUCAUGGUGUUGGAUCGUUGAAUGAGGAGAUUUUCCCGGCUUGGUCGAAGGAUGUUCGAGAAUGUGAGGAGAAAUUUGAGGUGAGUCAAGAAUUUGGAUUGUCGUUCGAUGAGGUCGAGAAGCGACGGGAGAGGUAUGGAUUGAACGAAUUGGAGAAGCAUGAGGGUCAAUCUAUUUGGAAGCUUCUUAUUGAUCAGUUUAAUGAUACUCUGGUGAGGAUUCUUUUGGCUGCGGCUGUUAUUUCUUUUGUUCUUGCUUGGUAUGAUGGGGACGAAGGGGGUGAAAUGGAGAUCACGGCUUUUGUGGAGCCUCUUGUGAUCUUUUUGAUAUUGAUUGUGAAUGCCAUUGUUGGAAUUUGGCAAGAAAGCAAUGCUGAAAAGGCAUUGGAAGCUUUGAAGGAAAUUCAGUCCGAGCAUGCUAGUGUUAUUCGUGAUGGUAGAAAGGUGCCUAGUUUGCCUGCCAAGGAGCUUGUGCCUGGUGAUAUUGUGGAGUUGAGGGUUGGUGAUAAGGUGCCUGCUGAUAUGAGAGUUUUGAGAUUGAUUAGCUCAACUGUUCGAGUUGAGCAGGGGUCAUUGACAGGAGAGAGUGAAGCUGUUAGCAAAACGGUUAAACCUGUUCCUGAAAAUUCUGAUAUUCAGGGAAAGAAAUGUAUGGUUUUUGCUGGGACAACUAUUGUAAAUGGGAAUUGUAUUUGCAUGGUAAUUCAAACAGGGAUGAAUUCUGAGAUAGGAAAAGUGCAUUUGCAGAUCCAUGAAGCUGCCCAGAAUGAAGAAGAUACCCCAUUGAAGAAAAAGUUGAAUGAAUUUGGGGAAGCUUUGACGAUGAUAAUAGGAUUAGUUUGUGUAUUAGUUUGGCUUAUCAAUGUAAAGUACUUUCUCACCUGGGAAUAUGUUGAUGGGUGGCCAAGAAAUUUUAAGUUUUCAUUUGAGAAAUGUACUUAUUACUUUGAGAUUGCUGUGGCACUGGCUGUGGCUGCAAUUCCAGAAGGUCUGCCUGCAGUUAUCACAACUUGUUUGGCCCUUGGCACACGUAAGAUGGCACAAAAGAAUGCCCUUGUCCGGAAGUUGCCUAGUGUCGAGACCCUUGGUUGUACAACAGUUAUCUGCUCCGACAAAACUGGGACUUUGACAACAAAUCAGAUGGCUGUGGCUAAGCUUGUAGCAAUUGGUUCUAGGGUCGGUACUCUUCGAGCCUUCAAUGUGGAAGGAACAACAUAUAGCCCUAUUGAUGGAAAGAUACAAGACUGGCCAUUGGGUAGGAUGGAUGCUAAUCUUCAGACAAUUGCGAAGAUUGCUGCAUUGUGUAAUGAUUCUGGUGUUGAACAAGCUGGCAACCAUUUUGUGGCCAAUGGACUGCCAACUGAGGCAGCAUUGAAGGUUCUCGUUGAAAAGAUGGGACUCCCUGAAGGGUUAAAUGCUGGUUCAACUUCAAACGGUGAUGCUCUACGCUGUUGCCAAGUAUGGAAGAAUGCUGAGGAACGGAUUGCAACUCUUGAGUUUGACCGUGAUCGUAAAUCCAUGGGAGUCAUUGUCAAUUCUAGGUCAGGAACAAAAUCCUUACUAGUCAAGGGUGCUGUGGAAAAUUUAUUGGAAAGAAGCACAUAUAUUCAGCUGGCUGAUGGUACAAUAAAACCAUUGGACCAAAACAUAAGGGAUCUUAUUUUAGAAAGUCUUCAUGAAAUGUCAACAAGUGCAUUACGAUGCUUGGGUUUUGCAUACAAGGAAGACCUGGCGGAUUUUUCCACUUAUAACGGUGAUGAAGAUCAUGAAGCUCACCAGCUUCUACUUAAUCCAGCAAAUUACCCUCAAAUUGAGAGUCAACUUACUUUUGUUGGUCUUGUUGGCAUAAGGGACCCUCCUAGAAAAGAGGUUCGUCAAGCAAUUGAGGACUGCAGGGCUGCUGGAAUUCGUGUAAUGGUUAUUACAGGAGAUAAUAAAAAUACUGCUGAAACUAUUUGUCGAGAGAUAGGUGUAUUUGGGGCUCAUGAAGAUAUUAGUUCUAGAAGCAUAACCGGAAAAGACUUCAUGGAGCAUCAUGAUCCAAAAAACUUUUUAAGACAAAGUGGAGGGCUCUUGUUCUCUAGGGCUGAACCAAGACACAAACAAGAUAUUGUGAGGUUGCUUAAAGAAGAUGGGGAAGUAGUUGCAAUGACUGGUGAUGGAGUAAAUGAUGCGCCUGCUCUAAAAUUGGCUGACAUAGGAAUUGCUAUGGGAAUUGCAGGGACAGAGGUUGCAAAGGAAGCCUCUGAUAUGGUUUUAGCAGAUGAUAACUUCAGUACUAUAGUUGCUGCUGUCGGUGAAGGAAGAUCUAUUUACAACAACAUGAAGGCCUUUAUCAGGUAUAUGAUUUCCUCAAAUAUUGGGGAAGUUGCUUCAAUAUUUCUAACAGCUGCUCUGGGCAUUCCGGAGGGCAUGAUCCCUGUUCAGCUUCUCUGGGUCAAUCUUGUUACCGAUGGACCCCCAGCAACUGCUUUGGGAUUUAAUCCUCCAGACAAAGACAUAAUGAAGAAACCCCCUAGAAGAAGCGAUGACUCCUUGAUCAGUGCAUGGAUUCUAUUCCGUUAUCUGGUCAUAGGCCUCUACGUCGGAAUAGCUACAGUUGGUGUGUUCAUUAUCUGGUUCACACACAGCUCGUUUUUGGGCAUUGACUUGAGCGGAGAUGGCCAUACUCUUGUGACCUACUCUCAGCUCGCAAACUGGGGACAAUGCCGUACAUGGGAGGGAUUUUCUGUCUCUCCUUUCACAGCAGGGUCUCUGGAGUUCAACUUUGACUCCAAUCCAUGUGACUACUUCCAGUCAGGCAAGAUUAAAGCUUCAACUCUGUCCCUCUCAGUUUUGGUCGCCAUUGAGAUGUUCAACUCCCUCAAUGCCUUGUCUGAGGAUGGCAGCCUCGUCACCAUGCCGCCUUGGGUCAAUCCAUGGCUGCUUCUGGCAAUGUCUGUUUCCUUCGGCUUGCACUUUCUGAUUCUCUACGUCCCAUUCCUUGCACAAGUCUUCGGCAUCGUUCCACUCAGCCUGAACGAAUGGCUUUUGGUGUUGAUGGUUGCGUUGCCAGUAAUACUCAUCGAUGAAAUCCUCAAGUUCAUCGGGAGGUGUACAAGUGACUGGAGGUAUUCCGUUACAAGGAAAACUACAAAGCGCAAAGCGGAGUGAGUUUUUGUUGUUGGGUGGAAAAAAUCAGACAAUCUUUGAAAUAGGUUAUAAUUUGUCUUGGUCCUGUUGUAACCUUCAUUAUUUUGAAUCUGAGGGAUUAUUUGGACUUUUAAAGAUCUAGCUAGAAUUUAGAUCGUCGGAGAUAUAAUUAUUAAUUAAAGUUCCGUUUCACUAGAAUGGUACACUGAACGAAAACCAAAAAUCUGUUCCUUAAAUUUGAGACAUUUUAUAUAAAAAUAGCAUGCGCUGACAUCGUAACAAAACAAAA